UAAUAGCAUUACAUUCUUACUCUUACCUAAUUUUAAUCAUUUCAAUUCCAAUCUAGUCAAAAACUUGGACCGCUUUAUACUACGCCCUCCUCCCUACUUAUCCUGCGCAUAUUUCGCCGUUUUCUCGCCGAGAUCUUCAACUACCUCUCCCGCAUUCUCGCUUCCUCAACUGCACAACAUUCCUAUUCAAUUCCAGAGGAAAGAAUCAUGAGUUGUUUCAGCUGUUGUGAAGAAGAUGACUACCAGAAGGCUUCUGAAAGUGGAGGACAGCAUGUAGUAAAAAACUCAACAGGAAAUCAUGGAAAUGGUCGUGCAUCCGAAACUGCAAAGCAGGGCACUCAAGCUGUGAAAAUUCAGCCCAUUGAAGUUCCUGAAUUACCAGUGGAUGAACUCAAAGAAAUUACGGAUGGCUUUGGAGAAAGUUCUUUGAUUGGAGAGGGAUCCUAUGGAAGAGUAUAUUAUGGUGUUCUGAAAAGUAGGCAGGCUGCGGCAAUCAAGAAAUUAGAUGCCAGUAAACAGCCUGAUGAUGAAUUUUUAGCCCAGGUUUCAAUGGUUUCACGGCUGAAGCAUGACAAUUUUGUUCAAUUGCUUGGUUAUUGCAUUGAUGGAAACUCCCGAGUUCUUGCUUAUGAGUUUGCAUCUAAUGGGUCUCUUCAUGAUAUUUUACAUGGCAGAAAAGGUGUUAAAGGAGCACAGCCUGGUCCUGUUCUAACAUGGACUCAGAGAGUUAAAAUUGCUGUAGGGGCUGCCAAAGGGCUUGAGUACCUGCACGAGAGGGCUGAUCCCCACAUUAUCCACCGGGACAUCAAGUCAAGCAAUGUACUAAUCUUUGAUGACGAUGUUGCUAAAAUUGCAGAUUUUGAUUUGUCAAAUCAGGCUCCUGACAUGGCAGCACGUCUCCAUUCCACCCGUGUCCUUGGAACCUUUGGUUAUCAUGCACCAGAAUAUGCAAUGACUGGCCAAUUGAAUGCUAAGAGUGAUGUAUACAGCUUUGGUGUUGUCCUUCUAGAACUUUUGACUGGAAGGAAGCCUGUUGAUCAUACACUACCACGUGGGCAGCAGAGCCUGGUUACUUGGGCUACACCAAGACUCAGUGAGGAUAAAGUCAGACAGUGUGUAGAUGCAAGACUAGGAGGAGAGUACCUGCCCAAAGCUGUUGCUAAGAUGGCCGCUGUUGCUGCCCUGUGCGUGCAAUACGAAGCUGAUUUCAGACCAAACAUGAGCAUCGUAGUUAAAGCUCUUCAACCUUUGUUGAACGCAAGACACGGGCCUGCUGGUGAAACUCCAAACUAAUCUCUGUCUAUAUGUAUCAACGAGUAUGUGCAUAAGUCUAAGUCUGCACGCGAGAUAUAAGAAAGUGACUGCUUCAGAAGCGGAUGGAAAAUUGCUUGAACAUGUUUAUAUUAUUGUUGUGUAAUUACAAACUUGUGUAGGACCUAUUAGCAAUUAAGAAGACUUUGUGUAUCAGUUUUGUGAACGGUUAAAAUUCAUUUAACUGUAAUUAGGCAAUGGUAUUUUUCACGCUUUACCAUAGUUUAGUUUUGAUUAAGUGUUAUAAAUACACAUUCUAAUAAGUCAAUUCAUAUAUGUGCAAAUACGUGCGAAAUUCUUUCCC